UUCUUGUUUUGAAACCCUAACUCAUCCCUCACCAUCCUCCAUCCUUCACCAACUUCCAUCACCAAUUCCACUCCAAACCCUUUCACCCACAUCUCAUAAGUCCCCUAAGUAGCAGCUCAUUGUUCCCCACUCCAAUGAAGUGGCGUGUUGCCUUCAACAGCCUUGGGUUUCUCUUUUCAGCAAGCAGAUGCUAGCCCUUCUCAAGUUCUGGCUAUCUUUGCCUUCUAGGCUUCCAUUUAAGGAGGAACUCUCUCUCUCUCUCUCUCUCUAUUUUCUGGUACUAAGUCACCACCAUCUGCUUGAAACCUUGAAUACUUGCUGUUGUAAGCCUACACAAAGAGGUACUAAAACCAAAGACGUGGGAAAAUUGAGGGAGUGACGAGCUAGAAGGCUAGCCAUUUGUGUUUCAAACUUAAAUUAUCUUAGAGUUAAACUAGCCACAUAUAUUUGGACUUAGCUUAUUUUGUAAUUAGGUUUGCAGAAUAAAUUUUAUUUUCAGAUUUUUGCAAAAUUGUUCCAUGGAUUGUAGUUAUGAAUUUAAUAAGUUUUGAGCCUUGUGCAUUUGUGAGAUUCUCUCACAAGUGUACGACGUCUGUUUUGCCCUUGGAUUUGGAUUCUGGGGCGUGAUAGAGCGACUUUAUGAAAUGCUCAUUUACAUGGACCUUGCUGAGCAAGGGGUCUCACACCGUAAGCGUCCUCCACAUACCAUACUUGACAGUUCUGUCCAGUUAUCUCAACGAGUGGUGCAGUUGCACCAAAUAGUGAUAGAACUAUAAGAAAAUCAAUUGACAUUACAAGAGAAAGUUGACAGGAUGGAGAGGAUGUUUUUUAUGAUGCAGGGAGGAGGAGCUAGGACAGGUGGGGGAGCAUAACUAACUUUAUCUUAAGUUGAUCUUUGUACCAAAACAUCUUUCACUAUUGUAUGCAUGGAAAUGUGACAAUCCAGACAUGUAAAACUAGGAUAUAGUAUUUUAAUUAGUAUUUUAGGACAAGAUAUUUAAUUAU